AUGUUAUUUUAGGUCGCAAUUGACGUUACAAGCAAAAAAGAAAAGAAGGGGCCAAAUGGGCCGCUCACCAACCUUCCGAUCUCUCUUCAGCAGACAAAAUCAAAUCCGAAUUCCCUGCAAUCCAGAGCUUCUCCUCCGAAACGAUACCGUUUCAGACCAACAGCAUCGCCGCUCCACAGCAGCAACCCAGCUACAACAACAACCACAACCCGACGGCUCAUUACAUGAGGGAGAGCAGGAGAUCGGACGACGGUUACAACUGGAGGAAGUACGGCCAGAAGCAAGUCAAAGGAAGCGAGAACCCCAGAAGCUAUUACAAAUGCACUUUUCCAAAUUGUCCCACCAAAAAGAAAGUCGAAAGGUCUUUAGACGGACAGAUCACUGAAAUCGUUUACAAAGGCAGCCAUAACCAUCCCAAACCCCAGUCCACAAGGCAGUCCUCUCAUCAUUCCGUUCAACCCGCCGGCAGUCCUGAAAUUGGUGAUCAAUCGGUCAGCCAAAUGGGUUCCGGAACCCACCACGACGACUCUUCGCUAUCCGUUGGCGAAGACGAGUUCGAACAGAACUCACCGCUCAGUAAUUCUGCCGGCGAUGAAGAUGACAACAAUGAACCUGACGCCAAACGAUGCAGGAAAGGGCAGAGCGAGAACGACAGUUUGGUUGGUGGCGGUGGGAGUAGAACCGUUAGGGAACCAAGGGUUGUGGUUCAAACAACCAGCGAUAUAGAUAUACUUGAUGAUGGAUAUCGAUGGAGGAAAUAUGGGCAGAAAGUGGUCAAAGGAAACCCUAAUCCAAGGAGCUACUACAAGUGCACAUUCGUGGGGUGUCCAGUGAGGAAGCAUGUGGAGAGAGCAUCCCAAGACCUGCGAGCUGUGAUCACAACCUACGAAGGGAAACACAACCAUGAUGUUCCUGCUGCAAGAGGCAGCGGCUAUGUCGCCACCAGACCAACAACAGCUGCAACGAACCCUACUCCAGCAGCCAUUCCCAUUAGGCCCUCUGUCAUGAACAGUCAUCAUUCCAACAGCAGCGGAGCCUACUCGAAUCAAUCUCCAUUCACCCUGGAGAUGUUGCAGCAGGGUUCAGGGAGUUAUGGGUUCUCGGGUUUUGGAAAGCCGACAGCUACAGCAGCGGGGGGCUCUUACAUGAAUCAUCAGUCGCAGUACGGUGCGAUUGCUGGAGCCAAGGAAGAACCUAAGGAGGAAUCCUUCCUUGAUUCACUGCUAAGCUGAAUACCACCAAGCCAAAAGGACUACAGUUUUGGUUGCAGCAGCAAUUAGAAUUUAGGAAAAAAGAAAACAGUCAUACUUCAUAAGUUAUAGAAGGAGAGGAGGAUAUAUUGUAUACAGAUACAAAAUGGGAUUUCAUUGGUUCAUUUGUUUUUUUUUUACAGAGGCCUCUUACUCAUGAACAAUGCAGAAAUGGCCUUUGUUUUAGUUGUAGCACAGAAAUUUCAAUUACCCAGUUAGUAGGUAUCAACAAAGUUUUAAUCUUUCUGUCCUGCCCAUGUUGCUGGUGACAAUACAAAGAUGAUAUAUUUGCAGGAACC